UAGAAACAAAAGAAAAAAACUUCAUCCAUGUAGCGGAUACGUCUUUUCGGAAGAUUUAUUACUAGUGAUAGCGUUUUUAAUAUCCAAAUUCUUUGUGAUGUCGUAAUAUUUUGACAAAAUCUUGUGCGUGAUAUAAAAUAUUUAUAUUUUAUUGUUUUGCUCUCUUACAUGAGAGUUGUGUGGAAAACUUGUAUCAAACGAAGAGAUAAUAUUUUGACAGGAGGACGACAGAACGUUGGGCAUAUCGUUAGUAUUGAGAUGUCCAAUGUAUCCUAAACGGGUAAGGAUAAAGACGAUAGAGCUCCAUGGCUGAGCGCCUCAGCCCUCGAAGCUCCGAGGUUAAUGCCUUGGAACAGCGAGGCUAUCUCAUUGGCAAGAAAAUCGGGCAAGGGUCUUACGCAACUGUCCACCUCGCCGAGUACUGCGAUGCGUCGAGCCCCAAGCGGAUGCACCUCGCGUGCAAAAUAUUUGACAAGGAAAAGGCACCUCGAGAUUUUUUAGAGAAGUUUUUCCCCCGUGAGCUUGAUAUUUUAACUAAAAUCGAGAAUCCACAUCUUAUUCAAGUGCAUAGCAUUUUACAAAGGGGACCGAGAGUAUUUAUUUUUAUGCGCUAUGCCGAUAACGGUGAUCUUUUAGACUUCAUAAAGCGGAAUGGAGUAGUGCCUGAAAAUCAAGCAAAGCUUUGGUUUAGACAGAUGGCUAGCGGGCUGCAGUAUCUGCACAGCAAGAACAUCGCACACCGAGAUCUAAAAUGUGAGAAUAUUCUCCUUUCCAGGCGUUUCAAUGUAAAACUGGCUGAUUUUGGUUUUGCAAGAUUUUGUACAGACGGGGACAACCGUCGAGUACUCAGUCAGACAUACUGCGGCUCUGCUGCAUACGCUGCCCCAGAAGUUGUCAGUGGAACACCUUACAACCCGAAACUGGCUGAUGUUUGGUCCUUAGGUAUCAUCUUGUUUAUAAUGUUGAACGCAUCGAUGCCCUUCGAUGACUCUAAUCUGAGGAAGUUGCUGAAAGAUCAGAUGUCGCGCAACUGGGUGUUUCGUUCCAGAAUUCGUGAUACGGUGUCCGCAGCGGCCAAGUCGAUAGUGCGGCACAUUCUUGAGCCUGAUAUAACAUUGAGACUGACUCUCGACCGGGUGCUUUCUCACGAGUGGACUCGACCGCGUAAGGAUAAGAGUGCCAGCUUGAUGGGUCGUCUGGUGCAGUCGGCGCCGUCCGCGCAGCCGCACUCGGGCAACAAGCGCGAGCACGACGAGGCGGGCACGUCGGCCGGCGCACGCGUCUCCGGCGAUCACCGCGAGACCGAGCGCGAACGCCAUGACGACAUCAACUUGCGCUCCCAUGACUAAUAGUCGAUACAGAUAUAAGGAUAAUUAAUUCUACGCAAAAAAGUGACAUUUUCUUUAAUAUUUUGACCUUCAAAAAUCGAAAAUUUUGUAUACUAUUUUUAUAUACUUUGUUUUGCAAUUGACGACUUAACACCUUUUGUUAAGCGCCAAUGGUGAAAAUAAAGUUUUUUAUAUAAAAUUUUUAA